CAUAAUGGCAAUCCCAUAGUGAAGCCCUCAUUUUCGGCAACCAGAGCCGUCACUACCACACUCUGCGACUGCACAGAGAAAUGCAAAAGGCUUGCCUUUUGAUAUAAUCGCCGGAGAUCACAACCGAUUGAUCGUCGCGGAACUUUGAGAUCGAGCGCAACGACUACGUAGAGUACGCAGCGAGGACUUCGUUUUCUUUCGCUGCUUAUUUUCCUAAGGGUUUUUCGUUUUUCUUUCUUCUCGUAAUGGCUUCGGAGGACGUGAAGACGAGCGAAUCGGCGGUGUCGACGAUUGUGAAUCUGGCGGAGGAGGCGAAGCUGGCGAGAGAGGGCGUGAAGGCUCCGAGCUACGCUGUUCUCAGUAUUUGCAAGUCUCUGUUCGCAGGUGGAUUCGCCGGAGGACUGUCACGCACAGCUGUUGCUCCUUUGGAAAGGUUGAAAAUAUUGCUACAGGUCCAGAAUCCCCAUAACAUAAAAUACAAUGGAACACUUCAAGGCUUGAAAUACAUAUGGAGAACUGAGGGUCUUCGUGGACUGUUCAAAGGAAACGGUACUAACUGUGCACGUAUUGUACCAAACUCUGCGGUCAAGUUCUUCAGCUAUGAGCAGGCUUCAGAGGGAAUCUUGCAUCUGUAUAGGCAGCAAACUGGCAAUGAAGAUGCUCAGCUUACUCCUCUUUUGCGUCUUGGGGCUGGGGCAUGUGCUGGAAUAAUUGCCAUGUCUGCAACUUACCCAAUGGACAUGGUACGAGGCAGGCUAACUGUACAGACAGAAAAGUCUCCUUUCCAGUACAGAGGAAUUUUCCAUGCUCUAUCAACUGUGUUCCGGGAAGAAGGUCCACGGGCUUUGUACAAGGGCUGGCUUCCUUCUGUUAUUGGAGUUAUUCCUUAUGUGGGUCUCAACUUUGCUGUGUAUGAAUCUUUAAAGGAUUGGUUGAUUAAAACUAAACCAUAUGGACUGGUUGAUAACUCUGAGUUGAGCGUGGGAACACGGCUGGCAUGUGGGGCUGCUGCUGGAACUGUAGGACAAACUGUUGCUUAUCCUCUUGAUGUCAUACGUCGACGAAUGCAGAUGGUGGGAUGGAAUAAUGCUGCUUCUGUUGUCAUUGGUGAUGGGAGGAGCAAGGCCUCACUCGAAUAUACUGGUAUGGUUGAUGCAUUCAGGAAAACUGUUCGGCAUGAGGGCUUUGGGGCAUUGUACAAGGGUUUGGUCCCCAAUUCUGUGAAGGUAGUUCCAUCUAUAGCAAUUGCAUUUGUGUCAUACGAGAUGGUGAAGGACAUUCUGGGAGUUGAGAUCAGAAUCUCUGACUGAAGUGUGGGGAACUUCAUAAUAAUUAUUGAAGAAGUGUGCUAUUUUUGUAGGCAAGGGGGUAGAGAGAGGUAAACUAGGGGUAAUUUCUUCCUUCUGGUUUCUCCAAGAAUUAGUUAGAAGCACGUUUGAGCAUGUGUUUAUAUAUUAUUUUCCCUUGUUUUCCUAGCCAUGUUUCCUUAUGAACAUGCUGUAGUUUUCAGCUUCUCAUUGAUAUUCUGUGUCAAUAAAUGUUUCGACAAUGCAAGAACGCAUUUGCAUGCCUUUCCAGCUAAGAAAGCUUUUUCUCAGUA